CAAGAGAAUGGAAGGAAAGUCCAAAUUGGAGAGAUAUCAGGAGUUGUUGAAAAGAGUUAACAUGCUUGAGAAGAAAGAAGAGGCCAAAAUUAAAGAAUUGGAUGAUGCUGAUGAUGAAGAACUUGAGGAAAAAAUUAUACAAUGGCAUAGAGAUUUUAAUGCAGAGAGGGAUGAAAUCCGGCGUUUGACAAAAGAAUAUAGUGAAAGUUCAUCAUCUAAAAAAUAAUUUUUAUCCGGGCUUUGGAGAG